AGAGAAUGUUCCAAAUUCAUAAGUUUAUUCUUUUAGCUGGCAUUUUCACCACAUGCUGCUUACGAUCUUUCACUGUCCGUGUCAGUCGACCCAAACGCUUGUCGACAUCAACCUAAUUUGGCUUUAUGUAAAAUUGUAGCCAGUUCGAGUUCAGUCAAAUCGAUCAGUAAAACGUUCGCAAGACUGGUUUACACGCUUCCCAUUAAACCAAAAUAAUCAAACCGGGAACCAGUCAAAUAGUUCAUUGUUAUUGUUGCUGGCUGUCGCCGAGCACGAGCUGGUUUAGUUCAUCAAGAUUAACCACGCGUGCAAGCACAACUAGGGCUGGUUUAGAUCAACGACUCAUAGAUCUCUAAGAUCUGUCAAGCUGUGAUAAUUGUUAUAAUUUGUGGAGAGAUGGAGCUCUGCUUGUGCUGUUUAGUAUUUGCUGUGAUUCCAAUAUACAUUAUUGUUCAGCUUUUGCGGUUACUUUUGGCUGAUUGUGACCUCACUCUUCAAUGGGCAACAAAGUUUGGUAAAAGUCCAGCCACAUUAAGAGGCACGGUUGUAUGGAUCACGGGAGCUUCUAGUGGAAUUGGCGAGUUCUUGGCAUACAACUUGGCGUCUGCUGGUUGUCGAUUAGUUCUGUCUGCACGCAGAGAAUCUGAGCUGGAGAGAGUAAAGAAACGAUGUCUUUUGAGUGGUCCUGUGAAGGAGGAGGAUAUUUUGGUCUUGCCGUUAGAUCUGUUAAAGUGCGACAGCCAUACCGAGGCAGCUGACGAAGUGCUGAAGUAUUUUGGACAGAUUGAUAUUUUGGUGAAUAAUGCUGGACGUAGUCAGCGAGGAGUCUGGGAAAAGAUAUCGAUUGAAGUUGAUCGCGACAUGAUGGAGUUGAACGUCAUCGGUACACUGUCCAUUACAAAGGCUGUGCUUCCUCACAUGAUUGAGAACAAACGCGGACACAUUGUGGUGAUUAGCAGUGUCGCGGGAAAGUUAGGUAUUCCCAACUCCUGUUCCUAUUCAGGAUCAAAAUUUGCAUUGCACGGCUACUUUGAGUCGCUGAGAAUUGAAGCCUUUCAGCAUAACAUCAAAGUAACGAUGAUUUGCCCGGGACCAGUUUUCUCAAAUGUCCUCACUGCUGCCUUUACUGAGAAACCCGGUCAGGCUUUUGGUGUUGCAAUGAACCCAAAUGAAAAGCGAAUGGCAACUGACAGAUGUGCCUACCUUACUACUGUGGCCAUGGCAAACUCUCUUGAUGAAGUCUGGAUAUCACUGCAGCCUGUUUUGCUGUCCUUUUAUGUUAUUCAGUAUUUCCCAACGUACGGUAAAAUACUUGGAUGUAAACUGGGAAUGAAGGCAAUAAACAAGAUCAGAGAAGGGCAGUAAUUGGAUAUUGUCUUCCAUCCAGCAAAUGUCAGUUCCAUCAAAACAAGUCUAGAAAAAAUAGUUUUGUUAAUGUAUAUAUGCAUAGUCUUAAGUCUGACUUUAUUGAGUUUAUGGAAAGUGAUGGAAAAUUAAAACUGUUGAUAUUAUACAGAAUACUACACUAGGUGCAGUUAUAUAUACCAUUUAUUUUUACCGUUUGCUUUAAAGGCGCUUGAUCAGGGAUGGUUGACCUAAUUAUUGACCCAACAAAGUAUAAUAUGACAAUAUAUACAUUUGAUUUGUACCUAAAAGUACUUUUUAAACCAUCUAUAUAACCAGUAUAUUCCACUUAUUAUUGAUAUUUUAUAAAAAUAAUUGAAUUAUGUGAACGGUCCAUAAUUCAGAGAAAAAUAACUGCUAUUUGGAGAGCAGAGGUGUGACGUAUUAUUUUGAGUCAUGUGACGGGCAUCCCCCGAAUAACCGCUUUACCGUCCUCUGCAAAGUAGGGUGAAUAGAAAACAAUGAAUAUAAAUUAUUAAAAAAUAAUAAAAAUAUGUACUGAAUGAUAAUACGCUUAUACAUUAAUUUAUUUUAGUAACAGAAACAUGUUAAACGUCGACAAUCCCGAC